AUCGCCAUCUUUAUCGCAUGUCAUGUACUGUUGCUGUCGUAAAGUGUAUUCGUCAUCUGAGUAAAGUUGGGAAUAUCUGUCAUUAUUUUCAAACGAAUCGCAUCCUCGUUGAUUUUUGUGUAAAUCUCUCGUUUCAGAAAACAUGGAUGGCAGUGGUAAUUCCAGAGAUGGAGAUAUGGGUGGGUCCAGAAAUUUACAGCCAACAGUUUCCACCAAAAAGCUGCAGCAGACACAAGCAACUGUCGACGAAGUUGUGGGAAUCAUGAAAGUAAACGUGGAGAAGGUAUUGGAGAGAGAUCAGAAGUUAUCCGAAUUGGAGAAUCGUGCUGAUGCUCUGAAACAGGGAGCAACUCAGUUUGAACAGCAAGCUGGCAAACUGAAAAGGAAAUAUUGGUGGAAAAAUCUGAAAAUGAUGAUCAUCAUUGGCAUUAUCUGUGUGAUCAUUUUAAUCAUCAUCAUCGCGUCACUUGUGCCAAGUGGGUCGGAUUCUGAAAAUCCCUCUGCUAACUCUCAAUGAUAGCAUUGUACCAAAGGGGAUAUAACGUUCUGGGGGUUGUUAAUUUCUGUCCUAGAACAAAAGUUAACCACUGGUAAAGUAAGUGCCAGUCAUGCAAAGUUAGAAACGAACAAGAUGAUUCUUAGCUAACACACGAUCUGCAGUCCUAUUCAGGAGAAUUGAGAACCUAAGUAACGCACAAAGAAAAGAUAAAACGAAACUAAAUUAAGAAACCUAUAUUUUUGAGAUAUAAAUUUAUUCAAACGCACAAAACUAUUAGACUAACUGCAGUAUUAAUACGGGUGACCUUCCUUUUUAUAAAACUAUGAACGGACAUACAUUUC